CUGCACCAUUCUAGUUUCUGAGGUCUCAAUGUAUAAGGAAGUAACUGUUAAUAAUCAACACUCGCUGCAAGAUCAAGAGAGAGCUGUGCUGCUGAAAAGCAGGUGUGCUUCAUAUAGUGUGUAACCCUAUGGGCACUGAUGAAACAAAUAGAAGUUUUGCAGCCAUGGAUAAUACAAGGACUCAAGACCCUAUUCCACAGCUAAGCCAGGAAAAAAUCCUGAAAAUUAUGAACAUGGUGAAAAAUAAAGAACUGAGCAUCGAAGGAGCUUUGGAUUUGGCACAGAAAGAGACGUAUGCAGAAAAGGAAGCAAUGAAUAUGGCAUUCCUGAUGGAUUCGCAGGAUUUGCUGACUGGUUCACAGUUCAACUUCAGUGUCUACAAAUACAAACGAUAUAGGUGGCAGAAACGAAUUUUGCAGAUUGAUUUUAACACAGAGACCAUUUUUAACAUUGAGAAAGGGAUCAUCAAGAAACAGUUCCCAUUUUCACAAGUUAAAUCCUAUGAAGACAGUGAAGGGAGGCGCUUCAGCAUUACAUUUCAUGGGCGUGGGGAUUAUGAGCUGGAAGCAAUGUCUCUUGAAGAUAAAACAAAAAUAUCACACCUGGUGAACAAAGUUACUCAGAGUAAUUCAUACAGGAGAGCCGCAGAGUCCUGCUCUGGAAGACCUGCCAAAGGUGAUGUGAUACAUGAAGGACUACUGGAUCUGCAGCAAGACAGUUUUGCAUCUAUUAAAUGGGUGAAAUAUUUGGUGCAGCUAAGUGAAGGAGAACUGAGUUUAUCUUGUAUCGGCAACAAUGGAGAGAACAAGAAUGCAGACCCUGUAGCAAAGACAAUUAAUUUGUCAGAUGGAAAUGUGAGGGUCAUUAAAGAGAAUGGAUAUGAUACUUUCUCCGUCCAGACCAAGGAACAUAAUUACUUGUUUCAAAUACCCUUAACUGUCCAGAAUAACAGAGCAGAGGACAUUAGCAAGCUCCAGAAUGAAUGGGUAUCGCUUAUAGACAGGUAUUGCAUGCUGUGGAAGAAGUGCUCAGAACCUCAGCAUGGCUUUGGAGAAGGCACCUCAGAGGCUGUAUACGAAAAACUCAUCAUCUCUCCAAAUAAGCGGGCAGAAGGAGCCCACUGUCUUGCUGUGGGUUCCGAAGCACCCCCCCAAUCAACCCCCUUCACAGAGCAAACAACUCCAGGAUCAUCGUUUCUGCUUUCCAGAGUUCAGGCAGUGGUGCCACCACCACCUUCUUUCCCUCUGCCCUCCCGCCCCUCUCCAGCAUGGAAAAGAACAAAAGCUUUUCACUGGGAUGUUGUUCCUCAAGACAAGAUUCAGAAAUCAAUCUGGGCAUCAUGUAGCCAACAUAAGAAAAAAAUAGAUGAAUUUAGAAUCUACAACCAGUUUCAAAUCCAAGACAUGGCGAUAUUUUCAGGCAACGAACCUUCAGUGAAUCGGCAUAUUAUGUUAAAUCAAAAAAUUGCACAUACCUUCAGUAAGUGUAAUAAUAUGAACUGUAUGCACAUAUUCUGCAUUCCUAAGGCAAAGCUGCCUGCAGCUUAUAUUUACAGUUAUGACAAUGUCAUGUGUAAAUCAGACAUUUUUCUGAAAAGUUUUCAUAUAAAACCAAACCAGCUGAAAGAAAAAUUAUACAUGCUACAUGAAGACAGUGGUGGACUUACAGAUGAGCAGAUUACAGCCCUAAGAAGAUAUCUGCCAACUCCAAAAGAUUUAGAAAUGUAUCAGUCCUUCAAGGGAUCUCCUUCAGAGCUGCAUGUGGUUGAUCAGUUUAUGCUAGAGAUGUGUAAAAUUCCUCAUUUAGGCCAAAGAUUGGAUCUUUUGCUUACGAUACGAGAACUUCCCGUGUGCAUGGGUGAUCUGGAGCCUCUAAUAAACCAGAAGAUCCGAGCUUGCAAAGAGCUGCAAGCCAGCCAGAAAUUUGUUGCUGUGUUGGAGUACAUCUUAGCCAUUGGGAACUACUUAAAUGAAAAGGCUGGAAGAGAGAUGGCUAAAGGAUUUCAAUUGUCUUCUUUGACCAAAUUAUCGCUGCUGCGGGGUAAGGAGAGGAAGAUCACCUUGCUUCAUGCCCUUGUGGAACAGAUCUUCUUACAUGAGCCUGAUUUGGCUAAAUUUUCUCAGGAGUUGACAGAAUUUGAAGCUGUUCCUGGUGCUUCCAUCAAAGGUCUCAGUGCUGAAAUUGAUGUGUUAAAGAAAGAAUUGGAAAAUGUUAUUCAGUACAGGAAGUUUAUCAAGUCCAAGACUAUCAAGGCAACAACCCAAGAGUCUCAGUUCUACAAGGAACUAAAGGAUCUAAUUCAGAAGUAUGAAGGACAUCUUUCCCAAUUGUCCAAAAGAUGUGAUGAAAUGAAGAAGCUCUACACUGACACACUGGUAAAAUUUGGGGAAUCACCAGAUCAAGACUCUCAAGAGCUAUUUGGCUGGAUUUCUGCAUUCAUUAGGGAAUUCAGGAAGGUCUCUGCAGACAUUAUGUAAUAAAGUCACCAAUAUAAUGUUAAAGGAAAAUAAUUUUUCUUUUAAAUUUUGUGCCAUGGAACUGAGAGCUUUUGGGGGUACUUAGAUGGCAUAUAGAAAUUGUACUUGCUCUCUGAGCAGGGUUGAAUUUUGUCCUGUGUGGUAUAGUUAAAGUAGAUACUAUACACUUACAAGGUUUUAAAAUUUGACCUUCAAAAUCCCAGAUUAUCCAUGUGCAUCUUCCUGGUUUUGUUUCUAACUUUCUUACCAAUGCAUCUAUUUUGGGGGCCAAAAAUAUUUUAUCCACUGAAAUGUCUGUACACUGUGAGGGGAGAAAAUCUCAGCAUAUUAUAAAUUCUCUUUUUAAUACUUUUCUUUGAAACCCAGUCUUUUGAGUGAAUUUUAUGAAGUCCUCCUGAGGAAAGAAUAACUGUGUGGUGUUCUAAUUUUUUACUCUUCUUACUGUAAUUUUACUAAAUAAUGUAUCAUCUGCUUUGUAAUGAAAUGUGGACUCUUUACCCACAGAGGAAAACGUUUAGCAAAAAUUCAUGUUCAUCUGCAUCUAUUACAGCCUGGCAACUAAAAAUGAAUAAUGAGAAGAGUGUA